AUAUGUGUGUGUGCCGGCGAUUAUGGUCCAUUCGUUGGCGACACAAUGUGUGGAAUAUUUUGUUGUAUACAUCCAGCUCAAAACGACACUGAAUCCUUUUCACAGUGGAAUAUUUGCAAAGAUGUAAUAGUUGCGCGAGGUCCCGAUCAUUUAACAGAGAAAUAUAUAUCAUUAAGUCAUCAUUGGCAUGGAUACUUUGUUGCUUCAGUAUUAUGGAUGCAAGGAUCAGAGAUAAUAACACAGCCAAGUUUAGAUGAUAAUAAUAAUUUGUUACUAUGGAAUGGAGAUCUUUUCUCAGGUUGUUUGGCAAAAGAUGAUGUUUGCGAUACAAGUGUGAUAUUGGAUGAAUUGCAAUCAACCACAGAUUUCAUAUCUGUACUUUGUAAGAUUGAAGGUCCUUAUAGUUUAAUAUAUUAUCAGAAAUCGACCAAUACAUUAUAUUUUGGACGAGAUAUUAUAGGACGGCACAGUUUGCUUUUAAAAGUAGAUAGCAAAACCAAUUCAUUGACUUUAACUUCAGUUGCAAACAAAAAUAUGAAAGGAAUCGUAGAAGUACCAGCUAUAGGUAUUUUUGCAAUGAAUUUAAAUAGUUCGCAGAUAAAUUUAGCAUGUUAUCCAUGGAGAGAACCUGACUUGAGAUUCACAGAUGUUAUCGAAACAUUGGAAACAAAUUUAAAUGUAGAUAUUAAUAUUAGAAAAACUAUAUUGGAUACUAAUUCAUUGUUGACAAAUUUACAUCUACAUCCUGAUUCAAGAGAUUUGGAAUAUCUAGAGAAUAUACCAAAUAGUAUAAAUUUUAAUGAGACAUUGCAAUAUUUAUUGGAAAACGAAGAAGUAAAUAAAAGAGUUGAAUGUUUAACAGAACUCUUACAUCAAUCUGUGAAAGUCAGAGUGAAAAAAAAACCAAACUAUUGUAAAGAUUGCAUAAAAAUUGUAUUAAAUAAUGAAAGUAUUACUUGUACUCACUCCAAGAUUGGUAUAUUAUUUUCUGGUGGCUUAGACUCAGCUAUUUUAACAGCGAUUGCUGACAAAUACAUUCCAGAAAACGAAAGUAUCGAUCUCAUUAAUGUUGCAUUUGAAAGAUCUGUAAAUAACCAAAGAAUAAGUCCUACAAAUAGUAAAAAGGAAAAUAUUAUGAUGCAAAACUAUGACGUGCCAGAUAGGAAAACUGGCCAACAAACAUAUUCUGAAUUAUUACGAAUUUGUCCCAACAGGAAAUGGAAUUUUAUACAAUGCAAUAUCACACGGAUGGAACUACAAUUAUAUCGUGCUUCGCGAAUUUGUGAUUUACUGUAUCCUUUAUGUACAAUUCUGGAUGAAAGUUUAGGAUGCGCCAUGUGGUUUGCAAGUAGGGCAAAGGGUGUUCUUUAUCCAGUUGAUGAACCAUACGAGUCACCAUGCAGAAUAUUACUUUUGGGUAUAGGCGCGGAUGAAUUAUUCGGUGGAUACAUGAGGCACAGAACUAUAUUGAAACAUAAAGGAUGGGAUGCGCUAGUGCAAGAGUUAAAUAUCGAAUUGGCUAGAAUUUCCGAGAGAAAUUUAGGUCGAGACGACCGGAUUAUUUCUGAUCAUGGUAAACAAUCCCGUUUACCUUAUCUGGACGAGAACGUCGUCAAAUAUGUACAGAAUAUAAAACCAUGGGAAAGAUGUUACCCGACUGAGAAAAUGCCAAGUGGAUUAGGAGACAAAUUACUAUUGCGCUUGCUGGCUUGCAAGCUUGGGUUUCAAAGUACAGCCAACUUUCCGAAAAGAGCUUUUCAGUUUGGCUCGCGAAUCGCAAAUGGUAAAGAGAAUGCUAAUAAUAUAUCUGAUAGAUUGUAAAAUAUGAUAUUUAUAAAUUUUAAUCUACUACA